AUGAUGAUGUUCAAGCAGUUUAGACUUCUUCUAUGGAAGAAUUAUAUCUUAAAGAAACGGAACAUCAUAGCAACAAUCAUGGAAACCUUCCUACCGUUGCUGUUUAUGGGAAUUUUAAUUUGGCUUCGCCUAAUUAUUAAGUCAGAAAAAAUUAAUCCUACCCAUUAUGAUGGGCAAUCCAUUGAUGAACUACCCUUGUUUUUCCAAAGUCCUCCUGUGGAUGGUCCGUGGGAGCUGAUUUAUAUUCCUUCCACCAGUAAUGUUGUGAAGAAUAUCACUGAGGAGGUGAAAAAAACCUUAAAGAUCAAUUUCAAAGUUCGAGGCUUUCUCUCAGAGAAUGAUUUUAAGAACUACAUUAGAUAUGAUGAUCACUUUUCACUUGUGCUGGCUGCCAUUUCUUUUGACCACAUUUUCCUCAAAAGUGAUGACCCCUUGCCACUUAAGGUUAAGUACUCUCUGUGCUUUAAUGACUCUCCCCGGAACCCAGGGGUCAGGAGGUUUCUUUUUAGAAGACCAACAACAGGCUGGCACACUAGCACACUUUUUCCACUCUUUCCAGCCCCAGGACCCAGGGAACCCUUAUCUCCUGAUGGAGGAGAUCCUGGAUAUAUCAGAGAAGGAUUCCUGACAGUGCAGCAUGCUGUGGACAAAGCUAUCAUGAGGCACCAUGCUCCAGAAGCUUCCAGCGAGCUGUUUGACAAAAUCACCUUAACUGUGAAGAGGUUUCCUUACCCAGCUUUCAUUAAGGACCCUUUCCUUGGUGUUGUACAGUUCACAAUGUCUCUGCUUCUUGUGCUGGCCUUUACUUUCACGGUACUAAACAUCAUCCGUAUCAUUGUACAUGAGGAGAAAAAACUGAAGGAGUAUAUGUGAAUGAUGGGACUCAGCAACUGGCUACACUGGCUUACCUGGUUCCUUGUGUUUUUUGUCUUCUUUUUCAUUACUGUCUUUUGCAUCACUGUUCUCUUUUGUAUCAAGGUGAAAGAUAAUGUGGCUGUGCUCACCAAAAGUGACCCAGUUUUGAUAUUUUUCUUUCUGAUGUGUUUUGCAACAUCUUCCAUCUCCUUUGGCUUCAUGAUCAGCACAUUCUUUAAUAGAGCCAAUUUAGCAGCUGCCACAGGAGGUUUCCUCUACUUUAUUGCCUACAUUCCAUACUUCUUUAUUGAACCUCAAUAUAACUGGCUUUCUCAUAGCCAGAAGUUAUCAUCUUGCCUCCUCUCAAACGUUGCAAUGGCAUUGGGAAUUCUGCUCAUAGUGAAGUUUGAAGGGAAAGGGACAGGCAUACAAUGGAAAGACUUCAUGUCACCUAUUAACAUUGAUGAUAACCUCACCUUAGCACAUGUGGUGUUAAUGCUACUAUAUGACUCUGUUUUCUAUGGUUUGGUGACUUGGUAUGUGGAAGCUGUAUUUCCCGGGCAGUAUGGUAUGCCCCAGCCCUGGUAUUUCUUCUUGCAGCCUUCCUACUGGUUUGGCAAACCAAGAAUGAGUUUAGAAGAAAAGGAGGAGGAAGACCUUGAGAGACCUUCGAAGCAUGAAUUUUUUGAGUCUGAACCUGUAGACCUGGUAGCCAGAAUAAAGAUAAAAAAUCUCUCUAAGACUUUUAUGAUGGGGAAAAAGAGAAAAGAAGUCAUUAGAAACCUGAAUCUGAACUUGUAUGAGGGGCAAAUCACUGUUCUUCUAGGACAUAAUGGAGCAGGGAAGACUACUACCAUAUCCAUACUCAUAGGUCUCUUUCCUUCUACAAGUGGACGAGCAUACAUCAGUGGGUAUGAGAUUUCACGGAGUAUGGUUCAUAUUCGGAAGAGUCUAGGUAUAUGUCCCCAGUAUGAUGUCUUAUAUGAUAAAAUGACAGUUUCCGAGCACCUUUUUUUUUAUGCUCAGCUAAAAGGAUUGCCUAAGAAAAAGUGCUCAGAGGAAGUCAGUCAUAUCUUGGGCAUUCUUGAGAUGGAAAAUAAACGCCAUACUCUUUCAAAGUCAUUGAGUAGGGGAAUGAAACGCAAGGUUUCUAUUGGCAUCGCACUCAUUGCAGACUCCAAGGUACUGAUGUUGGAUGAACCAACAUCUGGCAUGGAUCCAAUCUCUCGGCGGGCUACCUGGGCUCUCCUUCAGCAGCAGAAAAAUAAGCGAACAAUCAUGCUGACCACUCACUUUAUGGAUGAGGCUGACCUAUUGGGGGACCGCAUUGCCAUCAUGGCCAAAGGGGAAUUGCAGUGUUGUGGCUCUUCACUUUUUCUCAAACAUAAAUAUGGUGCAGGAUACCACAUGGUCAUAGUAAAGGGACCUGCAUGUAACACUGAGGAAAUUUCCCGUCUGAUUUUUUAUCAUGUACCAACCGCCACAUUGGAAAGUAAUGUUGGGGCUGAUUUAUCAUUUAUCUUGCCUAAAGAGAGUUCAUACAAUCUGUGGGCCGGAAGCUCAGGACAUGGAUGCUGCCCCUGGGGAAACCUGGAAGAUCAACUGCUUUCUAAGGCAAUCCAGAGGGAAUGCUUUGAUGAGAACUGCCUUGUAGCAAUUUCCGUCAAACAACAUGGAAAUCAAACAUUAAUCACCACUUUCUUCAACAAUCAGGGCUAUCAUACUCAAGCUGUGGCAGUGACGGUGGUAGACAAUAUUCUAUUCAAGUUGCUAUCUGGCCCACAAGCCUCCAUUACUAUCUCCAAUCAUCCUCAGCCUCGAAGUGCCAUGCAAGCUGCAAAUGAGCAGUAUUUUUGGGGCCAUAAAGGAGUUGACAUUGCUAUCAACAUGUUGUAUGGCAUGGGCUCAUUGGCCAGUACAUUUUCUAUCUUUGCAGUUAGUGAAAGAGUCAUAAAGGCAAAACACAACCAGUUUGUCAGUGGAGUCUAUGUCAUUCAUUUCUGGCUAUCUUUUCUGCUGUGGGAUCUCAUUGUCUUCUUUAUUCCCUGUUUGCUGCUGGUGGGGCUGUUCAGAAUCUUUGAUGUAAAAGCUUUCAGUGAGGACAACCACCUUGCUGAUGCAUUGCUGAUGUUAAUGUUGUAUGGCUGGUCCAUCAUUCCACUCAUGUACCUAACGAGCUUCUUUUUCAUGGCAGGUGCCACUGCCUUCAUAAGACUCAUCAUGUUCAACUUUUUCUCAGGCAUUAUCACCUUAAUCAUCCUUUAUGUCACAAGCUUCAAGGCAUUAAGACUGGAAAAACUCUAUAAACUUCUGGAUAAAUUAUUCCUCCUGCCACCUAACCACAGCUUAGGAAUGUGCCUUAGCAGUUUCUACAACAACUUUGAGGCCAUGAAAUACUGCACCUCCUCUGCUACUGCAGCCCUUCAUUGUAAAAUGGCAAAUAUAGAUUAUGAAGAUAAUUUCUAUGCAUGGAAAACUCCAGGAAUUGGAAAGUUUAUAACCUCGUUGAUUGUCUCUGGCUUUUUUUUCUUCAUCCUGCUUUUAUUCAUUGAGAACAACAUUCUCUGGAGAUCAAAAAUACUGAUAAGUAACCUCCUUAGGACUCGGGAUUGGGCACGAGUGCGUAACAAAGAAUCAAUCAUUUUCAAAGAUGAAGAUGUGGAAAAUGAAAAAAGGAAAAUUGAGGAAUCCCUUCCAGAGCUUUUGCAGAGUACUCCACUGGUUUUUUGCCAACUCACAAAGAUGUAUGGCAAUAGAAGACCGUUUCUGGCUGUAAACAGGAUCUCCCUAACUGUCCAGAGAGGGGAGUGCUUUGGAUUGCUUGGUUUCAGCGGAGCAGGAAAAACCACCACCAUCAAAAUGCUGACGGGAGAUGAAACUCUCUCCUCUGGGAAUGCCUAUAUUGAUGGCUACAACAUCAAUACUCACCUUAAAAAGGUACGACAGUGAAUUGGUUACUGCCCUCAAUUUGAUGCCUUACUGGACCACGUGACAGGACGAGAGACUUUGGUCAUGUACGCCCGGCUCCGUGGCAUCCCUGAGCGCCACAUUGAUAGCCUUGUGAAAGAUGUCCUGCAGACGUUGCUUCUAGAGGCCUACUCAGACAAACUCAUCAAAACCUACAGUGGUGGCAACAAGCGUAAGCUGAGCACUGGUAUUGCCCUGAUCGGAGAUCCCUCAGUUGUCUUCCUGGAUGAACCAUCCACAGGCAUGGACCCCGUAGCCCGACGCCUGCUCUGGGAUACAGUGACACGGAGUCAUGAAUCUGGAAAAACCAUAGUCAUCACCUCUCAUAGCGUAGAAGAGUGUGAGGCUUUAUGUACCAGGCUGUCCAUCAUGGUGAAUGGGCAGUUCAAAUGCAUGGGCAGCCCACAGCACCUCAAAAGCAGGUAUGGGAGUGGAUAUACUCUGCAGGCCAAGAUCAAACAUAACAUCCCAAAGGACCACAUGGAGACAUUCAAGAAGUUCAUCAAAGAGACAUUCCCAGGCAGUGUCCUAGAGGAUGAGCACCAAGGAAUGGUUCACUACUACCUGCCUCGCAGGGACCUCAGCUGGGCAAAGGUGUUUGGUAUCUUGGAGAAAAACAAAGAUCAGUACGAACUGGAUGACUACUCCAUCAGUCAGAUCUCCGUGGAGGAAGUCUUCAUGAGUUUUGCCAGUUUAUGGCAUCUUAUAGAAGAGGAGUGA